AUAUAUAUAUAUAUAUUUUUUUUAAAGAGCAAAACUAGUCCACGUUUUCUACUACCCUUGCCUAAGGCAGUAUUAUUGUUUAUUUAAAAUUUUGCAAUUAACACAAUGGAUCAAAAUAGGUAUAAAAGAUACCAUGAAUUGGGGGAUAAAUUUAUUCCAAAGAGAACUGCUCACAGAUAUAGUGAGGUAAUAUCUUCUACUGCUAUGUGUAUUGAGGAAGCUGUAGGCAAUUUUCUACCUAUUAUUUCUGACGAGAUAAUUAAUGAUAUAGAAAGUCAUCAUGAAGUAAAUGUAAACGCAGAAAUGUGUCAUAACUUGGAUUGCACAGAGAUUGCUUUCUCGGGUGAAUUUCUAAAUGAUUUGGAUGAGUAUCUUCAUAAGAUAUUAUUAGAUGAUAAAAUAAGAAAGUCUCUUCAAUCACCUAAAAAUUCAAAAAGUUUGGAUGAAAUGAUUAAUAGCAAAGACUUCUUUGAUCCGUUAUCGAUUCAAGUUGAAAUUAGUAAGGGCGAAUUAUUGUUAAUGAUUUUAAAAUAUAGUAUUGUUAACAGCUUAUCAGUGACUGCAAUGACUAAUUUAUUUAAAUUAAUAAAUAUCAUAUUCCAAUCUUCAAUUUUGCCUGAUUCAAGAUACUAUAUUGAUAAAUUAUUUGAUUCUUCGAAUAAAGUGGAAUUUCAUGCCGUAUGUUACAAUUGUACAGCUUAUAUAGGUAACUUUAAUGAAAUCAACAAUGUUAAGCAAUGCCAUUUAUGUAAUACAGAGUUAGAUUUAAGUAAUGCUACCAAUACAAGUUUUUUUGUUUUAAUCGAUCCAUCAUCUCAAAUCAAAGAUCUUAUAAUAACAUACAAAGAUCAUUAUGAAUAUGUUAUCAAAGAGAGACUGAAUGAGUCUACUUCUAUAAGAGAUGUAUAUGAUGGCAAGGAGUACCGUACAUUUGUUAGAAAUUUGCCAGAAGAAGAAAAAUCAAAUUAUGUAAGUGCAGUUUUUAAUACAGAUGGAGCAAGUACAAAUGAACUGCCUAAGCAAGAUAGAAUGUCUAAGUUAGUAACUUGUGGCUUGUGGUUUAAUAAGCAGAAGCCUGAUAUGAGUAUUUUUUUAUCGCCUUUUGUUCAUAUGAUGAAUAAAUUAACGAAAGACGGCAUCCAAUGUACUAUAAAUGAAGUAAACUGCAAUUUAAAAUUAUAUAUUGUUAAUUGCUGUGUAGAUUGUGUAGAUUCUGUGGCUCGUGCACCUAUCCAAGGAGUGAAACAAUUUAAUGGUAAAUCUGCUUGUAAUUGGUGCCUUCAUCCUGGUGUGUGGGUAGAAGAUUCAAUGAAAUAUACUUUACUAGAAACUACUGUUCAAUCAAGGACCCAUGAAAAUACAGUUCACAAUAUGAUGAUUGCGACUCCUCAGAAUUCAAUUGAUGACAUAAAAUAUCCUUCGCCGCUUAUCAAUUUACCAUUUUUUAACAUUAUAUCAGGAUUUGUACCUGAUUAUAUGCAUUGCUGCUUGGAAGGAGUUGCAAAACAGCUUACCGAGUAUUAUUUAUCUACUAUGAACAAUGAAGAUAUUAUAGAAAUUGAUUCAAAAAUUAAUAAAAUUACGGCUCCGCAUCAAAUAUCUAGAUUAAGUCGACCAAUAAGUAUAAGGAAUGAAUGGAAAGCUCGUGAAUGGGAAAAUUAUACAUUGUACUAUAGCGUAGUUGUUUUGACUGACCAUUUAAAGCGAGAUUAUUAUGAACAUUGGCUUCUUUUUGUCGAGAGCUUGUACUUAUUACUACAAGAUAAUAUUCACAUCGAUGAUAUAAAUCAAGCUAACAAGAUGUUAUAUGAGUUUGUGUGUGAAACCGAGAAAUUCUUUGGACAAAAAGCUAUGACCUAUAACAUUCACCAAUUAUUGCAUUUAGCUGAAAGUGUCUUCAAUUGGGGACCAUUAUGGUGCCAUUCAACAUUCUCGUUUGAAUCAGCUAAUCACGAUUUACUUAAAGCGAUAAAGUCAUCAAAGGGAGUCACAUCCCAAAUCAUAAGAUUUAUAAAAUUGAACCACACAACAUCAGUUUUAAGAGAAUGUGCAUUUCCAUACAUAGAUGAAACUGUGAAGAUAUACUGUGAUGACAUUCUGGAGCCAAGCAUUCAAAAUUUUUCGAAAAUAUUGAACAUCACUUACUUUGGUAAAGGCGAAACCAUUGACGAUUUAUUAUCAACGAGAUUUGGUCUGCCCACAAAUGCAUUGGUUUAUUAUAAACUUAUAAAAGAUGGUUGCUUAUAUGAGUCCAAUUUAAAACAAAAAAGAAGAUCAAAUAAUGCAUUUGUCUUAUUAAAAGAUAACAGUACAUUUGUAAGAAUCGAAAAAUUUAUUAUAGACGAAGAAAGCAAACAAGAAUUAACAAUUUGCAGUAUUUUGAAAACACGACAUUAUUUUACGAAACAUUAUCAUAUGUUGCAAUUAAUUGAAAAAAUUGAACCAGAUUAUAGUAUUAUACAUACGCAAGAUAUUAAGACCAUUAGUACUAUGAUGAACGUUAUGAAUAAAUUGUAUUUGACUCCUUUACCCAAUUUAUUACAUUAUUAGGUAAUUUAUUAUAUUUUUGUAAAAAAUAAGUAGAAUUAUUUGUCUGUUGUAUAUUCCUAAUUACAAUAACAAUCUAAAAUACUUUUAUCCCUUCUUUGCAAAUUAGAUAUCCGAAAAGUGAAUUUGAAUAAAAUUGUACUAUUAUACUUAAAUUAAUAAUGAAAUAUUAUUUUAUUUAUAUAAACUUAUUUUUGGUAUAGAAAUAGAUAUAUAAUAUUGUUUAAUAAAUAUUCAUGAUAAUAAUUAAAGCAUUA